AUGCCUACCGAGAAAAAGUAUUCCAGAUUGGCUGACAGCUGGACACUGGCAGUAUCUUACCUGCGGCCUACCCGCUAUUUUCUCGACAAAUGCAUUGGAUCUCUAGUGAUUCUGCCUGCAUUGGCCUCCAUCAUCACAGCUACGCUGUUUGAGUCCAUAGAGCCUUGGACAGACGGACAUGUCAAGGUCGAGAGAUCUGGCCUACUGAACUCGUGCUACUUGCUGGACUCUACACGAGACAAGUUCUAUCCCAUGUUGUAUCAAAGAUGUAUGCUGAGUGACACAACCUGGAUCUGUGCAAUAUUUCUCUGUAUCAAUUGGGCCAUCUUGGUCGCUUUUGUCAUGUUUGUCACAAAGAAAUGUAAUGAUAAAUCAAUAUCAUCCACAGUAGCAGUGGCCAAAAACGCAAUUCGGCCUGCAGCACAAGAGCCAAAAUGGGGUCGCUAUAUUCCUGAUCCACCUUCGUCCAUCUACUCUGCAACAACAUUAGGUAAUCGCUCUGGUUUGCUGACCCCCUCGUCUACAUUGACAAGAGACAAGCACAGCGAAUUCUACUACAAUUGUGCCUACAGCAGAGAAAGCAUACCUAGUCUGCCUCUGCCGAGUCCCUACAGAGAGCAUUCUUCCGAUUAUCUGCUGAAAGGAGCCAAUUAUCUUAGUACCGGAUCGUCUGAGUUUUAUGAUAAUCAUACUACUAGCAACAGUAAAGCAUCGUCCGCUUAUUACUGUGGAAAGAGAUCGCCCUCCUCAUCGUAUUACUACAAAUACAGCAGCGAGCGAUUCCAUGGCAGCGGUGGCAAAAGAGGAGGAGGAGGAGGAGGAGGGGGAGGAGGAGGAGCAAGACGAGGAGACGAAGCAUAUGACAAUGGUCGCAGCGACGACGACGAGGAGUAUGAUGUGGUUGCAGAAGAGGAGAGGCAAAACGAUAGAUAUAGCUACAGGUACAAUAGCUCAAAGCCCCUAAGAGUCAACACUGCGUAUCACUCUCCCUCGUCUUAUUCAGCUGAUAAAGAGCUGGAAUCAGCUACCACAGUUACGACUACACCACUCUACCUUAAAUUCAGCAGCAAAUCACCUACAUUUGAUCUGUUAUCAGACAAGAAAUACAAUUCGUAUUACUAA